GGCGGCUAGAGCGGCGGUGUGGCCGGGUGGGUGCCCUCGGGCCAUGGAGGACGAGCUGAGCUUCUCGGACAUCUGCGGCGGCCGCCUGGCCUUGCAGCGCCGCCACUACUCCCCGUCAUGCCGGGAGUUCUGCCUCAGCUGCCCUCGGCUCUCGCUGCGCUCGCUCACCGCUGUCACCUGCACUGUGUGGCUGGCGGCCUAUGGACUCUUCACCCUUUGCGAGAACAGCAUGAUCCUCUCUGCUGCCAUCUUCAUCACCCUCUUGGGCCUGCUUGGUUACCUCCAUUUCGUGAAGAUUGACCAGGAGACUCUGUUAAUCAUCGAUUCCCUUGGCAUCCAGCUGACGUCAUCCUAUGCCUCUGGCAAAGAAAGUACCACCUUCAUCGAGAUGGGCAAGGUGAAGGACGUUAUCAUUAAUGAGGCUAUUUACAUGCAGAAGGUGAUUUACUACCUCUGCAUUUUAUUGAACGAUCCGGUGGACCCCCAGGGGAUAUCGCAAGUAGUGCCUGUCUUCCAGAGUGCCAAGCCCCGGCUGGACUGCUUGACUGAAGUAUACAGGAGCUGCCAGGAGAUCCUGGCACACCAGAAAGCCACACCUACAAGCCCAUGAAUCCCAGCAUUCAGAAGGCUAGUAUUGUCUUCCUUGGGAAAGGACUGCACAGCCCUAGGGACUGGUGCAUUUUCUGUAUUCUAAACUGUCAUGUGGAUGUGGUCCUAGGAGCCAGGAUGCACGCGGUGGACCUCACAGCAGGUGACUGCAAACCCAGCUCACUGUGUGGUGCUGAGCAAAGCAUUUCUCUGUAUUUCAGGGCUCCCCUUUAAGGUACUGCCUACUUUACCAACUGAGGGGACAUCUUAAGAAACGAUGUCAAAGGUAAUGUCAACAAAAAGCACUUUGUGAAAUUUCUGAGCACAUUCAAGUUUGCUUUCUGUUGAAAUUUGUGGAGCAAGGCAAUGGGAAACUGGUAUCAUGUCUACUGAGAAUGACAAUAUCCAACUGUAUAGUACCCGUGUAUAAAAGAAAAAAAUCAAGCCCUCCAGGUACGGGGUUAGCAGGAAGAAAUGGCCUACAAAAGACCAGUCUCUGUCCACCUAGCUUGUGUGUCUGUACAGGGUUAAUUUAUGAUGACUGAAUAAACAGAUCUCCCUCCUAAACAUACACAA